CAAACACAGAUGGAAGCCCUCCACGACGUCGUGCAAGCUGGAUGGGUGCGGUACAUCGGGAUGAGCUCGUGCCACGCGUGCCAGUUCCAGGCCAUGCAAAACUACGCCAUCGCGCACGACCUCAGCCCGUGCGUGUCGAUACAGCACCACUACACCCCCCUGUACCGCGCAGAGGAGCGCGGGAUGUACCCGACGCUCAAGCUCCAUCAGCCAGCCAUAUCACUAUCGCCCAUUCACAACUGCGCCUAUGCUAUGCAGACGUUCGGAGCCGGGUCGCUCAUCUGGUCUCCCCUCGCGAUGGGCCUC